GCAUGCUCGUCUUUACUUCCGGGAGUAAUGUCACCGGUUGUAAACAAAUUGUGAGCUCAUCCUCCACAUCGUAUGCGACACCUUGUGCCUGUCGUCAGACCGCAGGAUGGUGCAGCUGCACGUGAAGCGCGGAGAUGAGAGCCACUUUCUUUUCAACACCACUGUGGCGUCGCCUCUGGAGACGGUGAUCCAGCAAAUUACAGCCAUUUACAACGGGAGACUCAAGGUGGACAGAAUAUGUGCAGAGAUCCCAGAGCUGGCCGACCACGGCAUCACGCUCCCGCCCAACAUGCAGGGGCUGACGGAGGAGCAGAUCGUGGAGCUGAAACUUCAGGAUGAAUGGGAAGACACGUGUGUGCCCAGCGGAGGGCCAGUACUCCGGAAGGACGAGAUGGGGAGGAGGAACGGACACUCUCCAAAUGAUAAGAUGAAAGCGGUGUUGAUGAGAACCGUUGAGGAGGCGAAGGCGCUGAUAUCCAAAAAACAAGUUCAAGCUAAUGUUUGCCUCACCAUGGAGAUGGUAAAGGAAGCGCUGGAUCCGCUACGGGGUGCAGUCAUGAUCGUGUACCCCAUGGGGCUGCCUCCUCAUGACCCCAUCAGGAUGGAGUUUGAGGACCAGGAAGACCUUUCAGGAACACAGGCAUCGCUGCAGGUGAUCACAGAGGACGAGUGCCAGCUGUGGUGGGCUGCCAAAGAGAUGCAGAGGGGGAAGAAACUGCAGGACUACAUUGGCAAAAAUGAAAAGACCAAGCUUGUGGUCAAAAUCCAAAAGAAAGGGCAGGGGCAGCCAGCCAGAGAGCCUCUGGUGACCGACGAGCAGCAGAAACAGAUGAUGCUGCAUCAGUACAGGAGGCAGGAGGAGCUCAAGAAACUGGAGGAGGCAGACGAUGACAGCUACCUGGACUCAGAGUGGACGGACAGACAGGCCCUCAGAAAACAGUUUCAAGGCCUCUCUAACAUCAGUUGGGGGCCGAGAUAAACACCUCCACCGCGACGCCACCUGGUCCAUUCCAGCUCUAUAUGCAAAUGACGAAGCAGCCUUAUUAUCAUAAUCCUAAAAUCAGUUUAAUUUCACUGUAGUUCAAGAUCUUUCAGAGAUGGUUAUACACAGCAGAUGUGUUCAAAUGCCUUGGAGAGGGUGUGUUUCUGGACUGCUACCCAUAUGUGUUCUUCAACUCCACUGAAAUAUGAAGAAGUCAUCUGGAGACAUUGGAUGAAAAGAUGGAGGCCGAUGUUAUUACAUACCUGAUUUAUUUUAACUUACAUGUGAUUGCCGUUUUUCUUUACCAGAUGUUUUUAACCUGUUGUAAAAGUUACAUUUCUAUUGAAACUGCAAACUCUAUGAAUAAAUCUAAUCUUGAUUAAAAGAAUAAUUUCCAAUA